CGCAAUGUCUUAUGUCAUUCACAUGUACUUUCUCCUCUCUUUCCGUUCCCUCUUUUUUUCCUUUCUUGUCAACCAAUAUUUAAUUCCUUUUUCUUCAAGCAUUUCAAUUGCAAUUUGCAAACUUUAAACCAAACCCCACAUAAGAAAAUAUAAAAAAGAGCAUUACUUUUUUAAUUUCUCCUUCUUUUAUGCAACCAGAAGUGUAGUGUGUUGUGUGUGACUAGGUUUCUGCCAGCCCUGGGGAUAAUGGGUAAUUGUCUAGAUUCUUCAGCUAAAGUAGAAGCAGCUCACAGUUCCAGAACCCCUUCUGGAAUUUCAAAAACUAGUCCUUCAUCUGUUCCUUCCAACUUAUCUAUUCUGUCAUAUAGUGAAGCAAGUGAUUUCUCAAAUCUUCCCACACCGAGGUCCGAGGGUGAAAUCUUGUCUUCCCCAAAUCUUAAGGCCUUUACCUUUAACGAGCUAAAGAAUGCCACCAGGAACUUUCGCCCCGACAGCCUUCUUGGUGAAGGAGGAUUUGGUUUUGUUUACAAGGGGUGGAUUGAUGAACACACACUUACAGCUUCAAAACCUGGAUCAGGAAUGGUUGUUGCUGUUAAGAAACUCAAGCCUGAAGGGUUACAGGGUCAUAAGGAGUGGCUGACUGAAGUGGACUACCUUGGACAACUUCACCAUCAGAAUCUGGUAAAAUUGAUUGGAUAUUGCGUGGAGGGAGAGAAUCGGCUGUUGGUAUAUGAGUUUAUGUCCAAAGGGAGCUUAGAGAAUCAUCUGUUUAGAAGAGGACCACAACCUCUUUCUUGGUCAGUGAGGAUGAAAGUAGCCAUUGGUGCUGCCAGAGGACUUUCUUUUCUUCAUAAUGCCAAAUCACAAGUUAUAUACCGUGAUUUUAAAGCAUCCAAUAUCCUACUAGACGCAGAGUUCAAUGCUAAACUCUCUGAUUUUGGCUUAGCAAAGGCUGGCCCUACGGGUGAUAGAACUCAUGUCUCUACUCAAGUCAUGGGAACUCAAGGAUACGCAGCACCUGAAUAUGUUGCAACAGGUCGGCUGACAGCUAAAAGUGAUGUAUACAGCUUUGGGGUUGUGUUGCUUGAACUAUUGUCCGGUAGACGUGCCGUUGACAGAUCAAAAGCCGGUGAAGAGCAGAAUCUAGUAGAAUGGGCAAAACCAUAUUUGGGUGACAAAAGAAGACUAUUUCGGAUUAUGGACACCAAGUUGGGUGGCCAAUACCCACAAAAAGGAGCCUACAUGGCUGCCACUCUUGCUCUAAAAUGCCUUAAUCGCGAAGCUAAGGCAAGGCCUCCAAUGACAGAGGUUUUAGAAACCCUUAAACAGAUUGCAACCUCAAAACCUGCAGGAAGAAACUGCCAAUUAGAACAAAAGAGAGUCCAUGCUCCUGACAGAAAGUCUAGUGUGCAAAAAGGGUCCCAUUUGAAUCAUACUCCUACUGCAUUCCCAUAAUCUGCUUGCGUACUCUAAAUUUUGAACAUCUGUAUAUACAUUCCUUAUUUUUAUAAGGUUGGUUUUUACAAGGAGAAAUGCUAGGAACACACUAUUUUGAACACUUCCUCUCUUGUUUGUUGAAAUUUAUUGAAGAUGACAAAAUUUUGUUGGUCCUACAUGAUGUUUAAUGAUCUUUUCUCUUGAUUUUGUUGUUUUUAAUCAAUUUUAACCAAUUAGAGAUAAUGCAUUUGAAGGAGUGUGGUAGAAAGUGUGUUCCUAGCACUCCUCUUUGACAAGAUAUAAUGUGGCAUGUACAUGUACUUAGAUGAAAUUUCAACUGAAUAUUAGCACAUUAUUUCCCCAAACUAUAGAAGUUCCGCAAAGCAGUAUUCUGCAUGUUCAUUUUUUGGUUGAUUAUGGCUAUUGAGAUAUUUGUACAA